AUGAAAUUCUCCUUGGUGGCACUGGCAACCCUGGCUGGGGUUGCUGUUGCUGAUUUGGAUCCCAUCAUCAUCAAGGGCUCCAAGUUCUUCUAUUCUAGCAAUGACACUCAGUUCUUUAUGCGUGGAGUCGCCUAUCAACAGGAAAGCACGAGUAGCAGCGGCUACACUGACCCUCUAGCCGAUGCCACCGCGUGUGCGCGUGAUGUUCCCAUCAUGGCUGAACUCCGCACCAAUGUUAUCCGUACCUAUGCCAUCAACGCCUCUGCUGACCACUCGGCAUGUAUGAAACUCUUGUCCGAGGCUGGUAUUUACGUGAUCUCCGAUCUGUCAGACCCCGAUCUAUCGAUCGAUCGAAACGAUCCUUCGUGGACAACCAAUCUCUUUGCCCGAUACACUAGUGUUGUUGAUGAACUGGCCCAGUACAACAACACUAUUGGUUUCUUUGCUGGAAAUGAGGUUUCCAACACCAUUGCUACUUCCGACGCCAGCGCUUUUGUCAAGGCUGCUGUUCGUGACACCAAGAAGUAUAUCAAGGAGAAGGGCUACCGAUCUAUGGGUGUUGGAUAUGCUACCGCCGAUGUGUCCGACAUCCGUGCGGACAUGGCCGACUAUUUCGACUGUGGAGAUGCCGAAGAUAGCAUUGACUUCUGGGGAUACAACAUCUACUCGUGGUGCGGUAAUUCGACCUACGCGAAAUCUAAAUACCAGGCUCGUACCGAAGAGUUCGCCAACUACUCCGUCCCUGUCUUCUUCGCCGAGUACGGUUGCAACGAGGUCACGCCCCGCGAGUUCACCGAGGUGAAGGCCCUCUAUGGCGAUACCAUGGCGGAGGUCUGGUCUGGUGGUAUUGUGUACAUGUACUUCCAGGAGGCUAACAACUACGGUCUGGUCUCUGUCGUCGAUAGCACCAGUGUCAAGACCAUGUCCGACUUCAAAUACUAUUCCAGUCAGAUCGCCAACGCCAACCCCACUGGUGUCAACAAGGCCUCCUACACUCCCACCAACACCGCCCUGCAAAGCUGCCCUACCGUCGGAGCCAGUUGGGACGCCAAAUCCUCCCCUCUGCCCCCUGCCGCCGAUUCCCAGCUGUGCGAGUGCAUGUACGAUGCCUCCGCGUGCGUUGUCGCCGGAUCCCUCGCCUCGACGAAGUACGCCAACCUCUUCAGCACUGUCUGCGGCUACACCGACUGCAGCGGAUUGACAGCCAAUGCUACCACCGGCGAGUACGGUGCUUAUAGCAUGUGUUCAACCAAGCAGCAGCUUGCCUUUGCCUUGAACAAGUACUAUGUUGAGCAAGACCGUGCUGCGGAUGCUUGCAGCUUCUCCGGGUCUGCAACCGUCAAGGCCUCUACCAAGGCCACUGGCACUUGCUCUACACAGAUAAAAGAGGCUGGAACCGCUGGAACCGGAACUGUUACUACCGAAAACACUGCAACCGCCGACUCCAGCUCUGCUUCCUCGACAGCCUCGUCGUCCACGUCUAGCAGCGGCGCCAUCAGGGUGCACCACAGCUCAUCCUUUGGCUCUUUCCAGGUGGCUGCUUACAUUGCCACUGCACUCCUGGCGGGUGUUGGAAUGAUCGCUCUGUAA